AUGAAGAGCACCCGCAGCAGCAGCUGCUCUGUGCAGGGCCCUGGUGGUGCAGACCUGGUCCUGAUGGGAUUCUCAGCGCCUGUGUCCCGCCGGCCCAGCAGUGCCUCCCCUGCCAAGCUCAUGGCACGCUCUGUCUCCGUGGCUGCUGAUGGCAAACCCAAGAGGAACGCUCUGGAAGACGCCGGAUCCAGGGCUAUGAACAACCUGCGCAGGUCCAACAGCACCACUCAGGUGAACCAGCGGGUGAACAGUGCUCACAGCUCAGAGCAGACAGGAGACUUCCUGGCCUUCUUUGAUAGCAGCUCAGGGGGAAGAAAGAAACUAUCAGCUCUGAGCAAAACCUCCCCAGAAAAGAAAACCACCUGGAACAUCCUGGAUGACCAGCCCAGAGCAUUCCCAGACCUCUCUGGCUCCCACGGCCAUGAGCCACCCACAGGCAUGAGGAGGAAGGAAGCUACUGUGCUCCUGGCUGCCAACUUCACUGCCAACAACAGGAGCAACAAGGGUGCAAUGGGCAACUGUGUCACCACCAUGGUGCACAACAACUACUGCACAGCUGAGAAGGGCCCCACGCCCAAGAGCUCCAACCAGGCCUCCAGUUCCCUCAACAAUGUCGUCAAAGCGAGCUCGAACGAGGAUGGUGAAGGCAGCAGCAGCUUCGUGAAGUCUCAGAAGAAUUUCUCCAGCAAUAACAUCAUGACCUGCAACAACAACAGUAGCAGCAGCAGUGUGUCCCGGAGGAGGGAGGUGACCGAGGAGGAGGCUGAGAGGUUCAUCCAGCAGGUGAACUUGGCUGCUGUCACCAUCCAGCGCUGGUACCGGCGGCACUCGCAGCGGCACAGGACGGCGGCAGCGGCUCUGGGGCGCCUGAUGGCUUCCAAAAGGGAGGAAAGUCAGCAGCAGAUGGAGGAGGGGAAUAUCCUGGAUUUGCAGGAGAGGAAGGAUGAGGAACGCCGGAAGAUCCGAGAGGAGAAGGCACGUCUGGCCCGGCGCGCUGCCAUCCAGGAGCUGCAGCAGAAAAGGGCCCAGAAGAUCUUGGAGACGAAGCACUCAGCAGCAGAAAAGCUGGUGGUGGUGAAGGAGAGCAGGAGGGUGGCCAGGAAGAAGCCUAGUGCCAAACCUGCCUCGGGCAGGAAUGUCAGCCCAGCCAGCAGCCUCACCAAGGCCAACAAUGCUGAGGCCAAUUCCCACUCAGCAGCUAUGGAGCCAGAAGGAAGCAGCCUGGCAGCCCUUGGCUCCAUGCCCUCACAGGACCCUGUGGCAGAGGACAAGCUGCAGGAUGUGAGCCCCAGAGAGACACGUAAUGAGGACCUGGAGACAGCAGUGACUGCUGGCAGCAGGGCUCCAUCCAAGGUCACCCUCAAUGAGCUGCUGGACACGCUUAGGCUGCUGGAGGAAGAACCAGAACUGCUGCCCCCACCCAAGCUCUUCAGGAAGGACAGAUAUGCAUGGGUGGACAGGGAGCCCAGCUCCAAUUCCCUGACUGCUGACAACUUGGAGAAGUUUGGGAAGCUGAACCACUCGCUGGGGGUCCCUGAGGAUGGGGCCCUGCUCUCAGAGGCCAAACUCCAAAGCAUCAUUAGUUUCUUGGAUGAGAUGGAGAAGUCAGAGCAGGAGAGGCCCAGGUCAGCUGGCUCAGCCACGCAGGGGGAGGGUCUCCUCUCAGAGGAGGAGCUGACUCACUUGGAGCAGGCCUCGGCUGUUGUCACAGAGGUGACGAGCUCCAUGAUGAGGCUGAAGCUGGAAGUGGAGGAGAAGAAGAGAGCUGUGAGCCUGCUGCAGACUGCCCUGACUCAGCAGCGUGAGCUGACUGACCGACACGUCAAACAGACCGAGAAGGAGCUCAGCCACCAGCUCAGGCUGCAGAGGGAGCAGUAUGAGGCAGCUAUCCAGAGACACCUGGCCUUCAUCGACCAGCUCCUCGAUGACAAGAAGGUGCUGAGUGAGAAGUGUGAGGCUGUGGUGGCAGAGCUGAAACAGGUGGACCACAAGUAUGGCCAGAAGAUCUCCCAGAUGCAGGAGCAGCAUGAGUUGGAGAUUAAGAAAUUGAAGGAACUGAUGAGUGCAACCGAGAAAAUCCGACGGGAGAAGUGGAUGGAAGAGAAAACCAAGAAGAUCAAGGAAAUCACUGUGAAAG